GAACGUUACAAAAAGGUGCGCGUUUCCAGGGCGACAGACAGAUAGGGGGGUAGCAGUCCGUUGAGGAAGAUGUGAAAGACGAGACCUUCUCAGGAAAGCAUGAGAGAAAGAGAGACGAAAGUAUGGUGAAGGAUCUCUCUGGGUUGUAUGAUGGAAGGACUGGGAAAGGAGAGAUCCAUAUGCAGCUCUAGACCCUACCCAUGGCUCAGUCACCCCAAAACAGAGGCCUCAACCCUGCUAUGGAAACUCAAAGACUGCUUCUCCACCAAUGAGACCACAUCCCUUCAUCACACAGAUACAGAAGUAUGCACUUACCUGUGUACAGUCCAGAACAAUUACAUGGACAACAAAAAGGCUGUGCUGGAAUUGAAAGAUGUCCCUCCUCCUCCACACCAUACUUCCUCUUCCCAAUCAUCCCAGCCCUUCUCUCUGGCCCCACUCCCUUUGCCCCCUCCCUGCUUGCCUCCUCCUCAGCUUACACAAGACUCUCACCAACAACAACCACUACAGCAGCAACAAGAGGGGGCUAGCCCCAAAGUAAGCCUUUGCACUCAAUGUGACUAUUGUAGGACCGAUGGCUAUGGGUUAUUAAGUGGCGGAGGUGUUGUUGGUAGCAGUAGCAGCAUUGCUGGUGUUGUCUCGCUCUAUAUGGCCCCAAGCUCUGUGGGAGCACCCAUCAGCAGCAGCAGUAUCAGCAGGUCUGGCUCUUGCUCUUUAGCUUCUUCUAAUUAUCAGUAUAAAAGUAACCUGAGCUGUAGGAGUGAAGGUGAAGUAGUUGAUCCUUUGCUCAGUCUUGGUUACAAACCUCAGCUGCUCCCUUCAGUCGCUACCUCUCAGCCUAUUUCAUCACACCCCUACCUCUCCUGCUGCUCAGGGCUCCUCCACACCUACCCAUCUGUACCUCUUCCAUGCAGUCAACCCAGCCUGUUUCCCUCCUCAGCACCUCUGGCUUCCCCUCUCCCCUGUGUUUCCUCUCUACCCGCUCACUUGCAUGGCUCUUGCCUGGCCUCUUCUGGCUACUACACAUGCAGUGUGGACUGUUGCCCGUCAGCCAGAAGAUCCCAGAGAAGCACACUCGGUGAUCACCCAACCACCACCACCAUCACCACUACAACCACCUCAGCACACUUCUGCUCUAAUCCUAUGCACCUAAAUGUAGAACGCACGGUUUGUGUGAAGGGGGCGCACUACUGCCAGGAGUGCCUGUUGAAGCCCAUGAAUGGUCUGCCGUCAGAGUCGGACAAGGUGUGGCCAAAUGUUCCUGUUCCCCAGACUACUUCUAUCCCUAUCCCCAUUUGUAAUGGCUGUGGCACCUCCUCUGAUAGCAUGAUGCUCAUGUCAUCAACCAGCCUUGGCAAGACUGGGCAGAAGUAUGGUUCUCCAGAGAAUAGUGGUCCUGAGAACAUCCCUCCGGUGGGUGUCUUCUGGGACAUUGAGAACUGCAGCGUGCCCAGUGGACGCUCUGCCGGAGCUGUUGUCCAGCGUAUCCGCAGCCGCUUCUUUCAGGGCCACCGGGAGGCAGAAUUCAUUUGUGUCUGUGAUAUCAGCAAGGAGAGCAAAGCUGUUAUCCAAGAGCUCAACAACUGCCAGGUCACUGUUGCACAUAUCAAUGCCACCGCCAAGAAUGCAGCAGAUGACAAGCUUCGCCAGAGCCUACGGCGCUUUGCUGAGACCCACACUGCACCUGCAACUGUCGUACUGGUAUCCUCGGAUGUGAACUUUGCGAGUGAGCUGAGUGACCUGCGUCAUCGGCAUGGUUUCCAGGUGAUCCUGGUCCAUGGCAACCAUACAUCUUCAGCCCUAAUGCAGCACGCCCACUGCCACGUGGCCUUUCAGGAGAUCACAGCUGAUCUGCCACCACGCGUGCUUGUCAAAGCACAGCCCAGUUUCAACCUCCUCUAUGUGCACAACCUCCCUGUCAACUGUGACAAGAGUCUGCGGAACGCUGUGAAGCUCAGGCUCCGCCGCCUGUCAGACAACACUGGUGGCAAGGUGCUGGGCAUGUCCCAGGGCACAGCAGUCCUCCGUUUUGGCAGCCCUGAGGCGGCUUCCCGUGCCCGCAAGCGAAUGGAAAAUGAGGAUGUGUUUGGCCGCAGAAUCAGCCUCUCCUUCUCCCCGCGGCCCAGAGAAGAUGCAAGUCCUGAGCCUGAGCUUCAGUCUCGGCCCCAUCACUUGCCUCAGGCUCAGACUCUGCCCCAGAACUAUCCAAACCAGGAUUCAAUGUUCCCCCCGCCCCCAUCCAUAUCCUCCUUCUCUUUUCUGCCUCUGGAGAAGCCCAGGUCACCCAGGAGGCCACGGCGAGCAACCCGCCCAUGCCACACCUCGGGCCCAGUGCCUGAAAGGCCCUACAGCCCCAGGAGGGGGUGCAGUGGGCCCCCCGGGGGUGUUCCAGCCAAGCCCCAUCAGGAGCUGGGUAGUUUGGAGGGCAAGCCCAGAAUGGGCUUCCACCACCUGGAGAAAGGACGUGCUGCUUCCUCUUCCCCCCACAGUAAUGGUGAGACAGUGGCCCUGGAGCAGCUGUCCAAGCCUGGCCUCACUGGGGAAUCCAUGUACAGGAGAAGGAGAGAGGGUUCCAGUCCUCGCAAUGUGACUGAAUCGCCGGUAGAACAAGGGGACAGAAGCUCAGGAGAGUUCCAGAUUAGCACACCCUCAGCCUUCAGCAAGUUGAACCUGCACAGGAGUCUCAGUCCCCUUGUCCUGCCCCAGAGCUCCUGGUCAUCCAGGAGUGCGUCCCCCUGCCUGUCCAGCCGGUCCUCGCCCCUCCUGUCUGCCCCUCGUAGCCCAUGUCCCGAAGGUCCUUCUGAGCCUUUCUCAGAUGGGGCAGAGGUCCAGGUGGCCAACCUGGAUUACAGAAUGUCCCGCAAGGAUCUGCAGCAGACACUGCAUGACACCUUCUCCCGAUACGGGCGGGUGAAAGCUGUGCAGCUUAGCCCCCACACAGACUAUCAGCUCAAGGCCACAAUCCAGAUGUUGUUCCUGCAGCAGGCCAUAAGUGCUGUCAGUGGCCUACACCGUUAUAAGAUCGGAGGCAAGCGCAUUCAGGUGUCUCUGAUCACCGGUGGCAGCAACAAAUCCCUUGCCAUGCUGAGCACUGAGAUCAUCAGCAUUCUUCAGGAUGCACCUGCCAAUUGCCUUCCCCUCUUCAAGUUCACAGAGAUCUAUGAGAAAAAAUAUUCUCGUAAGCUUGUGGCUGGAGAUCUGUACAGGCUACCAGAGGUGGUGGCAGUGCGGGAACAGGGAGGCUCAAGGCUUGUGUGUCUUCUGCCUAGUAGCCAAAUUCGUCAGAGUCCACUGGGAUCUUCCCAAUCCCAGGAGUGCUCCUCCUCUGCUAGUGGCAGCCCUGUGGUGUUUGAAGAGCUAGAGUACCAUGAACCUGUCUGCAGACAACACUACACACAGCAGGACUUCAGUGUGGCUGACUUUGACCCCGACUCCUAUAAAAUACCAUUUGUUGUAAUGUCUUUGAGCACCUUAGCCUCUGAGGUCCACAGUCUGUUGCAGUCACAUGAGGGAACUCUACCAUUACUCAGUUUUCCAGACUGCUAUGCAGCAAAAUUCAGCCCUCUGCAGCUGGGCAAUGAGACACUGGAGGGCGGUGUUCCUCUGGAGCACCUCAUUACCUGUGUUCCCAGUAUCACAAUAGUCACAGCUCAGAAUGGCUUCAAAGUCAUCAAGUGGAUCCACAAUAAACCACCAGCACCAAACUCCGAGCCGUGGAUUCAGCGUUGCAAGAGUCCGGUUGGCAACCCACAGCUCAUUCAGUUCAGCCGAGAGAUUAUUGACCUAUUGAAGAGUCAGCCUUCUUGCAUCAUGCCCAUGAGCAAGUUCAUACCCUCAUACCACCAUCACUUUGCCAAGCAGUGCCGUGUCUCUGACUAUGGCUAUUCUAAGCUGCUGGAGCUUCUGGAGGCCGUGCCACAUGUCCUGCAGAUCUUGGGUAUGGGUACCAAGCGUUUACUGACCCUGACCCAUCGUGCUCAAGUGAAGCGCUUCACCCAGGACCUGCUCAAACUGCUUAAAUUUCAAGCCAGCAAACAAGUGGCAAUCAAGGAUUUCAUGCAGGCAUACCAUUGGUGCUUCUCUAGAGACUGGAGAGUAAUCGACUAUGGCAUAUGUGACCUGAUGGACCUGCUGACUGAGAUCCCUGACACCACCAUCACUAUUACACACGAAGACACAGACACGAUCAUCUCUGUUCCCAAGAGAGAGCGUACAGUGGAGGAAAUGGAGCGCACUAAACAGUUUGGGAAGGAGGUGGUGGACCUUCUCCGUCACCAGCCUCACUGCCGAAUGCCCUUCAGUAAGUUCAUCCCCACCUACCACCAUCACUUCGGUCGUCAGUGCAAGCUCAGCUACUACGGCUUCACCAAGCUCAUGGAGCUCUUCGAGGCAAUCCCAGACAUCCUGAUGGUAUUGGAGUGUGGUGAGGAGAAAGUGCUGACUCUGACGGAAGUGGAGCGUAUCAAAGCUCUGGCUGCUCAGCUGGUCAAGCUGCUUCGGGCUCAGAAAAACUCCAGCCUUCCUGUCAGCCAGCUGCUCACAGAGUACAGCAAGACCUUUGGUUAUGGCCUACGCCUGCAGGACUACGAUGCCAGCUCCCUGCCAGCUCUGCUGACCAAACUCUGCCAUGUUGUCAAGGUGGUGGAUGGCUGUGAGGGCCGGGAAGUGCAGUUGAUCAACAGGAAGUCUUUGCGCUCACUCACCUCCCAGCUGCUGAGUCUGCUCAUGUCUCAAGAGGAGGAGCAAGUCACACAGGGUGUCAAAGUGGAGGUGCUGAGCGAGCAGUACUUGAUUGUUCAUGGAGCCCCACUUAACCCAUGUGAAUAUGGGUUCCUCUCCCUCAGUGAGUUACUCAAGAGCCUGCCGUACCUUGUUGAGUUGUACCAUGAAGAAAGUGAUGACUGCAUCAAAGCCUGCAACACUAACGGUGGUCGUGGUGAGGAGUGGGUGAGGCUGACCAGGCUUUACCAGUUUGCCCGUAACAUGCGUGCGCUGCUCCACACCUACCAUUACAACCAGAUCUUCCUUACAGAGUUCCAGGGGGCCUAUAACAAGUUUACAGGCUGCAGCCUUGAACCACGCUCCUACGGAUACAUCAACACUGAUGAGCUGCUCAGCGCCAUUCCACAGGUGGUCUGGAUCAAAGGGCACGGUCGCAAGAGGAUUAUUGUUUUGAAGAACGAUAUGAAAGCAAGGGCAAGCUCUUCAGCCCCCAACAGCCCCCAGCCAGGAGAGGACAUGGAAAGCCCGAGAGACAGCCCAGUUAGCAACGCAACGUCUGGAGCCCAAAGUCCAGGUGGCGACAAAGCAGCAGAGUCAGAGCUGCUGUGUUUGACCUCACCAUUAGACCUGCUGUGUGGUCCUGUACCAUCCUGCCUACCCUCACCUCAGCUCCACCCCGACCCCGUUCUCCUCCAGGAGACGGACCUGAUUCACUUUGAGGAGAAAACUCCAUCGCCACAACCACCAACAGUGAGUGAUGAACCUGAGGUGGCAGCUGCUCCUGACAGCACGUCUGAGCCGCCUGGCAGCGCAGAAGACUCUGUCACCGAACCUCCACUGCCCCCCAACGUGAAGACCCCCUCCUCCAUGGACAGUCCCAGCAGAAGAGCCACGCGCAGCAGAAUUAAGCUAGCUGCCAACUUCUCAUUCACAACAGGCCUCUGAUCCCAUUCACACAUACACACAAAGCAAUACUAGUUCACAUAUAGUGUAACUCUAAAUGCAAGAGUUGACUGGCUACACUGAACACGCUACACAGAAACGACCCCAGAAGAGCGUUGGUAUUGUCCCCUCUACAUCUUAACAGGCUGUUGCAUUCUUCUGCUUUCUUCUCAAUCACUCAUCUGCGUUCUUUGUUCUUUGUUCUUUGUUUUCGUAUUUCGUAAUCCGUAUGUUCCUCCGAUGUUCACCAAGCUGUGAUUUUCUUCUUGCAGAUUUUCUGCAAUUAUUUAAUUUGCCAAAUUCAUCUACUGUAACCUGUGUUUGAUUUGAUCUGAAGGGAAGUUAAUUUAUAUUCCCAUAAUGUGCCUCUUCAGUUUAGGGCCCCUUUGUGUCAAAGAACACUCGCUGGCUCAUAAUGAACGCAGAGUCUAAAAAAUGAGUUGGUUGUCACUGUAUAGAGUAUUGGGUAAUAUUGGGAGAUGUGCUAGGGAGGAGUAACUAAGUUUUCUAUGUAAAAUCCAAGAAAUGUAGUCUCCCAUAUUCUCAGUUUAGAAGAUAAAUAAGGUUUUUAGAGCUGGUUUUGUUCAUGUAUCAUUAAGAAACCUUCAUGUAUACUCCCAAACGACAGAGCAUUUAAUUUAUGAUGUUCAUUCAUUUUUGAACUCAUUUCAAAUUUUUGGAGAUUUUGGUUUGUAGCUAACUGUAGACACGUCAACUGAACAGGUUGCUAAGCACCUGCCUGUUUUUAUUCUACUCAUUCUAGUCCACUCUUGGGUAAAGAUUUCUUAAGAGGUAGCUUCUCUUUGAGAGGUACAUUCUCGACUUCUGUCUCUGUAAAGUAGCCAAAGGACAGUAUUUUCAGUUUCUUUUGUUAUGCAAAGUAUUUAGUAGUCUGGAAGUGUUUGGCCUAAACCUGUGGUGUAUUCUGUGGCAAUUCAGUGAUGAAGGACUGAAGCGAUGAGUAUCUGUCUGGUCAGAUGGUUGCUUUUGUAAAUGGAAGCUAACGUUCAAGCGUGGAUGGCAACAGUUUUGAUUGAUAAUGUGACAAGCGCUGCUCUCAGGAAUUUUAUUCUUGUAGUACUUUGACCUAAUUUAUAGCAAAGAUUUUGGCUCGUCUCUCCAGGGGCCACUAAUGAAGGCCUGAAAGGGAAAAGGUGCCCCUUUAAUACUCCAGGUUGGUGCUUGGGCAGCAGGGACUGACAUAUACUUUGAUUGUUCGGCUUCAGCCAGCGGCCAGUGUGUUUGUGUUCUUUUUAGCUCUAUUUUGUCUGUGUGUGGUUUACACUGGAGUAGGUGGUGUGAAAUAUGCAUGGUGUGCAUAAAUAAGUUUAUGCAUGGUGUAAGCCCAGGAGGAGCAGACAGGAACGAAUGAUGGUAGGACAUUCUUUAAGAUCAGUCUUUAUUUCCACCAUGUUUUAGAGGUCUUAAGAGUUGGCGUCACCCUUGCAGUUGCCACAUUAGAUGCUCAAGGUUUUGUUAAGUUAACCUUGUUGCUGGUAGUUGCUGUAUCUGUGGCGACGUCCCUACUGCCUGAGUUGAAGGGUUCGAGGGGAGCAGUGAGCGCUCCUGAGUUUUGUUUUUUAAUGACAAGGUGAAUUGUGAGUUUUUAGGGAUAAGAGAUGGGACGGGAGGCGGUAGGCUGUUUGUGGAGCACCUCGGGGGCUCUGGGAAGCCUCCUGAACAGACUGUACACACAGAGGGACCCUCUGCGGCUCUCUGGAAUCUGCCGGGCUUUUACAAUGGCUUGUAUUUGCCACGGUGCCAAAGGAAUUGCCGUCGUACCUCCCCACCCCUCGCAUCUCACAGAGGAGUUUUUACUUGCUGAUGUGUGUUGGUUUCUCCGUUUUCCUCAGUCUCAAUUGUUUACAAGACUGCUGGCUGCCAAAAUGCCACCAAAUGAUGUCGGCUGCAUAUGAAGUUUUUGCACAAUCCAGGCGCCACUGAAGUCAAAUGAUUGUCGUUGUUCUUGUUGUUUUGUGUUCAGAGAAAAGAUUCAAAGAAAUGGGUAAGAGCCCAUUUUAUCAGUUUCUGUCCAGUUCCAGUGUUUACCUCUUCAGGCAGUGUUAAUACAGUUUUCUUUGUCAGACUUGAUUAUAAAAAAUAAAAUAAAAACCUUUUUAAAGCAGAGAGAUUCCAGCUGCCAACUCACCAAAACGUCUGAGAUGCCAAUCAAAAUGUUUUUAAUUGGGGCUGUUCAGGUCUCUCCUGCAAUGUUUUACUGACUGUCUGGAAACCUUUUGAUUAUGGAAUGAGCAGUUAGGAAUAGUUAAUGAUUUAGAAUUGGUAACAGUAAAGGGGAUUAAAAUGCUCACGAGAUGUCUAGAUUUAACUUUGGCAGUAAGAAUGUAUUACUUUUUGUGAAUUUGAGCAAAACCUUAGAUCUCCCUCAGAGUGCUGCAGUGGCAACUAACUCGGAUGACAACAUUAACUUCCCCGUUUAGCUUUCUCUUUGGUUUUGGUUACAUCAGUGAGAAGCUAUUGUACCUGUCAAAAUAUGCACUUUUGCAUAGUUUUGGUUCAUGAAAUACACAUGUGAAAUUAGUUAGUGGCCAGAGAGGGGUUGAAACAUGUUUUUGUGUCUUUAACUCAGUUUCUGUUUAACUGUAUCUGACCUCGUCUUGCUUAUUCAGUUUUCACAUUGAACGACAGUUCUUCUGUUACUCAGCAGUGUCCUUAAAACUCCUGCCUUGUGAUUAUUCUUUAUCGGGUUAACAAUUGUCUCUACAUUUGCCUCCGUCACACCGUUUUACCGCCUCACUGCACCAGAAGUCGCUGUAACAGUCUAAUGUUGUUGAAGGGACCAAAAAGAUUUCCGUAAAUAAAUUUCACAAGCAUCA